ACUCACGAUUCACAGCACAAUUUUCAUAUAUUAUAUAUUUUUAAUUGUUAUUUCUUUUUACUAUUUACAACUAAAAUCGAGUGAAGAACGAAAAUCGAAGUUUUUGUUUUUUGUUUUUUUUUUUUUUUCAAUUUUGGUGGGUGGUAUAUAGCAUUCUGAUUUUCCCCCUGGAUUUUUUCCCACCGAAGAACAACUAACAAAUGGGGAUCGGUUCUGAGGAGGCGAUCCGGCAGCUCCGAGCUUUGGUGGAUCAGGUUGAUGAGCGAUUGAAAUGCACUUUUCAGAUGUUUGAAGCUACAUGGUGAGGAGGAGACCUGUCGGCUGGUUCUAUUCAGCAAUUUGCUGACCUUGUUGACAUUUGAUUCGGGAUUGUUUUGGCUACUAAUGGAAUUCAUUGAUCUCUUUCCAAUUGAUUCUGAGUAGAUUAAAGCUAAGUUUUGGAGUGCAACAAUAUUUGAGGAAUGUUCAUCAAGGCUAUCUAACCGAAACUUUGGAGCGAUUUCUCAAGGCGCGGGAAUGGAAUGUUAGCAAAGCCCACAAAAUGUUGGUAGAUUGUUUAAACUGGCGAGUAGACAAUGCAAUCGACAUGAUGCUAACAAAACCUAUACUUCCUGUCGAUGUUUACAGAGCGGUUCGUGAUUCUCAGCUCAUAGGACUUUCGGGUUAUUCAAGAGAGGGCCUACCAGUCUUUGCCAUUGGUGUGGGGCUGAGCACAUUUGACAAAGCAUCUGUUAAUUAUUAUGUGCAGUCCCACAUUCAAAUCAAUGAAUAUCGGGAUCGCAUAAUCUUGCCUUCUGCAUCGAAAAAGUAUGGGCAACCUAUUACGACUUGCGUGAAGGUAUUAGACAUGACUGGUUUAAAACUAUCAGCGCUGAGCCAAAUCAAGUUAUUGACAAUCAUAUCAACCAUUGACGACUUGAACUAUCCAGAGAAGACAAAUACGUAUUUCAUAGUAAAUGUCCCUUACAUAUUUUCAUCUUGUUGGAAGGUAGUUAAGCCUCUGUUGCAGGAAAGGACUAGGAAAAAAAUACAAGUUUUAUCAGGUAGUGGAAGAGAUGAACUGCUCAAGAUAAUGGACUAUUCAUCUCUACCACACUUCUGCAAAAGAGAAGGCUCGGGAUCAUCACGCCAUUCAUCUGAUGGUGCUGAAAAUUGCUAUUCUUUAGACCAUUCCUUUCAUCAACAACUCUACAACCAUAUCAAGGAACAAGCAGUUCAGGAAUCUUCAAGACCGAUCAAACAGGGAUCUGUUCAUGUGAGUCUACCUGAACCAGGGGCAGAAGGAACUGAAAUUGCCAGAACCAUUGAGUUAGAGUUGCACAAGUAUGGGAACGCAAACGGGAAGUCAAACGGAUUAUCCAACUCCCUAGGCAGCCUGAAAAUUUGAAGACUGAGGUAAUAGAAGAGAUGAUGAUGCCUUCUUCAGUUUGAAUCAACAGAAGCUGACUCUUCAUUACUUCAUGAUAUUGAAGGCUGCUGAGCUGAAAGCUCAUAUUGGAAGCCCUGCCAAUGGUAUUACACAAAAUGGCUAAUGUACUACUACUCAUUUUUGCAGUUGGCAUUAGUUCCCAAGAAAUCCACAUAUAUGAAAAUAUAUUGUAUGUAAUUUCACUUAUAGGCUGGCUAAGCAGUCAAGUUCCUUCCUAGUUAGAUAAGGCAUGCAAUGAAUGUACUUGUCCUGUAGUCACUGUUCUUUAGUUUUCUUGCUGCACAAGCCAUUUCAUAUAUACUGAAAUGCUGUUGUUGUCUACUAAAUUUCUAGAUAUCUAAUAAUGUAAUAAAUAUUUUCUUAAUAUAAUAGCUUGCGUUAUUUACAUCUU